AUGUGUCAACAACAACGUCAACCUCUACCUCACAAGGAAGAAGAUCAACCACCUAAACGUUAUUUUAUGUCGGUAGAUACGGUGGAAAGACAUCGGAAUGUUCUAGGAGAUCUUAAAGUAGUAGAGGGGAUCUCGGAUCAACCAUACCACCCUACUUCACAAGAUGAAGCCUUGGAGGCUAGUAUGAACCAAUCCACCUCAAAUGACUCACCAAGAAGAAAGAUUCGGUUUUCUAGUCAACCUAUAGCUGAGUUUAGGCCUAUAACCCCGAAGAUCCCAAAAUCUUUCAAAGGAACACUGUCCAAGAAAUCAAGUUCUUCUGAGGCAUCAUUUGGUUUCUUUGCAACCGCUGAAUCUACCAUGUGUCCACCUACUCCAAAGAUACCUUCGUUCUUAAGGGAAGGAUUUCAUAACUCCCGGAGCCCAGGGGAUGAAAACAUUAGUGUCAGAGAGACCGUUAAGUCUUUUGAAAGUCUGUCCAUUACCGGAAGGGAUAAUCGAGUUACGCAAACAUUGCAAACGCUUUCAUCAUCCACUACAUCAUCAUCAGCGUCAACAUCGUCGUCAUCAUCAACGUCAUCUUCCUCAACAUCUUCAACAUUAUCAGCAAUGGAGGUGCGUAUCCCAACACCAGACGUAAUAUUGAUAGAGGAGCCAGGACCAGUAACAUCUACCAAUAUAACUACUGCUAGUGAAGAAGGUUUCGAGAAAAUUGACUUAGUCGAAAAAUGGAUCGAGUCACAAAACCAAGAACGCCAACAAUCUAUGGGAACAAAUUCAACGAAUGACAUAUCCUCUUCAACACUGUCGAAUACUUUGGAAGAUAUUGUGGAAGCAGGAAAUCUUCCUCAAACCAUAAUUGAUGAACUGUUGUCAAUAAUACGCAACCGUCUCACCUCAUCUACUCGUAGAACGAACAUGAUAGUAACUCUCGAUGACAGUGUUUAUCGAAUAUUAUUCCGUCGACCAAAUCGCUUCUUGAUCAAGCUCAUCAACCGAAGAAGGGAGGAUGUGUGA